UCCUGAUAAAAACUCAAUGGUUUCGCUCUUUCUGUCAUUCUCAUUCAUGCUCUGAAUCUCAUCUCUCUUCUUUCAAAGCCCUUUCUUUCUCUUUUACCUAUUCCCUUUGCACGUCCCACACAGACUUAGAGAAAGAAAGAGAGAGAGAGAAAUGGGUGGGGGCUUGAGCUUUUCUUUUGUAGAAUGAACUUUGAACUAGAACAAUCACUUCUUCUCAGAAGAAGAUGGCAAUUCUUCAUCCACAACAACACCAUGCUCAUGAUGACAAUGAUGACGAACAAAACCCUUCUUCAUUCCUGCUAGAUGAACUCUACUGUGAGGAAGAAGAGAUAGAAGAUGGUGUGCAGGAAGAAAGUACUGCUGCUAUUCAUUGUAAUGCUGAAAACCCUUGUUUGUUUCCUCGUCUCUUGUUGGAGCAUGACUUGUUUUGGGAGGAUGAAGAGCUUCUCUCUUUGUUCUCUAAAGAACAAGAACAGAAGAUUUGUAAUUUGAGUCUUGUGGAGACCGAUUCUUGUCUUUCUGUAGCUCGUAGUCAGGCUGUGGAGUGGGUGCUUAAAGUCAAUGCCCAUUAUGGGUUCACAACUCUCACUGCAAUUCUUGCCAUUAACUAUCUCGAUAGGGUCCUCUGUAGCUUCCAUUUCCAAAUAGAUAAGCCAUGGAUGAUCCAGCUUUUGGCUGUUACUUGCCUCUCUUUGGCUGCCAAGGUUGAAGAAACUCAAGUGCCUCUUCUCCUUGACCUCCAAGUUGAAGAAGCUAGGUAUGUUUUCGAAGCCAAAGCCAUUCAGAGAAUGGAGCUCUUGGUGCUCUCUGCACUCAAAUGGAAGAUGCAUCUUGUCACUCCACUUUCAUUUCUUGAUCAUAUCAUAAGGAGGCUUGGAUUGAAGAACAAUCUCCACUGGGAGUUUCUCCGGGGAUGUGAGCGUCUGCUUCUCAUUGUCGUUUCUGAAUCAAGAUUUGUCAGUUUUCUGCCAUCUGUAUUGGCAACCGCGACAAUGAUGCACGUUAUAGACCAGGUUGAGCCUUUGAACGCCAUUGACUACAAAAACCAGCUUCUGGGUGUUCUUAAAAUCAGCAAGGAGAUAGUUAAUGACUGCUACAAGCUGAUUCUCGAGCUGUCUAAUCCCAAAAGCAAGGCCUACCAGAAUCCCCGCAAGCGAAAGUUUGAGCCUGAGCCAUUCCCUGGCAGCCCCAAUGGUGUUAUUGAAUCCGAGUUUAGUUGUGGGGAAAGCUCAAACGAGUCUUGGGCAAUGAAAAAGUCACAAGUCCUUUCAUCCCAAGAUCAAAAUACGGUCCUUAAAAAGAGCAGGCCCCAAGAGCAACAGAUGCCUUUGCCAAUGCCAUCGCUGAAUAGGGUCUUUGUGGACAUGGUUGGCAGUCGUCCCAGUUAGAAAACCCACGCACCACCCCCCCCCCCCCCCCCCCCCCCCCCCCCCCUCCCCCCUUUCUCUCUCUCUCGCUCUCCCCCCAUCUCUUCAAUUCCAAUAAUGCCUAUGCAAGGAGAGACUUGUAGAGGGGGAUAGAUGGCGCAUUUACAAGGGACAAGAGAAGAAGAAUGUAUGCAGUAGUACUAAUAGGCUGCCAUCUCUUUCUUUCUAGCAUACUUUAUGUGGACAUAUUAAUUUAUAAAAGAAUAUAUUAAAAAACCCCCAAAACAAUUUUGUUCUAUGCAGAAUAAAUUGAGAUUAAGAUGAAA